GUAACAAGCUUGUCUUUCCAAAUCCUUCACUCGCUACCGAGGAACAGCUUGGCCAUGGAGUUUGUGGUUGGACCGGUUGUCUCUGCUUCAAUUGAGUUUUUGCUGAAGAAGAUUGCUUCUUCUGACGUGGCUAGCUUCUUGAGGGGAAAGAAAAAAUCUGGCUUUGAUAGGCUUCUUGAUAAGCUAGAGACUACGUUCUUCUCUCUUGCUGAGGUGCUUGGUGACGCAGAGCAAAAGCAGUUCAGAAACCCAACAGUCGAGAAGUGGCUGGACAAGCUUCAUGAUGCUGUGGAAGAUGCAGAGGACCUCUUUGACGAAAUUGAAUAUGAUGCUCUCAAACUCAAGGUGGAGGCAGAGUCAGAACCCGACAAAACUAAGGUGAGAAAACUCUUCUCUAGUUUUAGCUCAUCUGAUCAAGAUAGGAAGAUGGAUAUGAAUAGGAUUCUUGAGCGAUUGAAAGUUUUUGAAAAACAGAGGUACAUCCUUAAUCUACAAAAGGGUGUUGAGAAGAUCAGAUCACAUAGACCACCUUCAAUAUCAUCCAUAGAAUAUUCUGAAUUUUUUGGUAGAGAUGAUGAAAAGAAAGUUUUGAAAGGGAAGUUGUUGUCUGAGGAAGUGGGGAGUAAAAAGAUAUGCGUGAUUCCAAUAGUGGGCUUGGGCGGGAUUGGCAAGACUAAUCUCGCUCAAGCUGUUUAUAAUGAUGAUGAAGUUCAUAAGCAUUUUGAACUCAAGGCGUGGGUUUGUGUUUCGGAUGAAUUUGAUGUUUGUAAGGUAACGAAAACUGUCCUUGUAGCCAUAACUAGAGAUGCUUGUGCUGUUGAGGACUUGAGUGUGUUGCAAGAGAAGAUACAAGAAAGGUUAAAGAAAAAGAAGUUCUUGAUAGUUUUGGAUGAUGUCUGGAAUGAAGAAUAUAAUUUUUGGGAUACAAUGAGGAUGGUUUUCAAAGUUGGGUCGCAAGGUAGUAAGAUAAUAGUCACAACAAGAAGUGAAAAAGUUGGGUCAAUCAUGGGAACAACUGGAUCUUGCCAUCUUAAUGUGUUGAAGGAAGAAGCUUGCUUCAAGUUAUUUGUAAAGCUUGUAUUUGACAAUGAAGAAUUUGCUGCGGAUUCAGACUUGGGAAGAAUUUGCAAAGAACUUGUUAAGAAGUGCAAAGGUUUGCCAUUGGCUGUGAAAGCUAUUGCGAGCCUCUUGCGCUUUACGAAUGUUAAGGAAUGGAAAAGAAUAGCAAAGAGUGAUAUUUUUUAUUUGCCAGUUGGAGAGAAAAACAUCCUUCCAGCAUUGAGAUUAAGUUACCAUUAUCUCCCAUCUCACUUAAAACGAUGCUUUCUAUAUUGUUCGUUGUUCCCUAAAGACUAUUUAUUCAAAAAAGAGGACUUGAUCUUGCUAUGGAUGGCAGAUAAUUUAUUGGAGCAUUCAAGUGGGAAUAGGACAAUGGAAGAAGUGGGAUAUGAGUAUUUUGAUGAUCUAGUGUCUCGAUCGUUUUUUCAACCUGCAAGUAAUACUUACACAAGAGAUCGUUUUGUGAUGCAUGAUCUUAUGGUUGACUUGGCUAAUUUUGUAGCUACAAAGAAGUUUGUUUACAUAAAGAAAGACAAGCCAUAUGAAGUUGGAUUGAUGAGGCAAACACGACACAUUGCAUUUGAUAGAGAGAACCAACAUAUUUUCCAUGAUAUAUUCAAGUCAAUUUCUGAAGCAACUUGUUUGCGCACAUUUUUACCUGUUACUCAUUAUUUGUCUUCAACCACAUCACAAGAAGAUGUGUUCAAAGACUUGUCGAAGUUGAGGCAUUUAUCUUUAAAUGCAUAUGAAGGUGUCAAUGAAUAUGAAGAUGUCAAUGAAUUCCCCAAGUCUAAAGGUGAAUUAAGACAUUUGCGCUACUUGAAUCUCUCUCACAGUCCAAUCAAAGAAUUGCCUGAAUCUUUGUGCAUGUGGUACAAAUUACAGACCUUAAAAUUGAUUGGUUGUAAGAAUCUAACCAAGUUUCCCAAAAAUCUCCAUCAUCUCAUUAAUUUGAGAUAUCUCGACAUGAGUUACUGUAAAUUUUGUACCUUGCCACCACUUGGGCAGCUACCUUCUCUCAAAACUCUUUCGAUCGAAGAAUGUGAUGCAGUAGAGAUGGUGGGGCUUCAUUUUUAUGGGACUAGUCCUUCAAAAUCAUUUCCAUCACUGCAGUCUUUGAGAUUUGGAGGGAUGUCAAAGUGGAAGGAAUGGUCCAUGCCAGAAGCAAAUGUUGAAGUUUUCCCAAAGCUAACAUCACUAUCUUUAGGCGUAUGUAAGAGACUUACUGGAGAAUUGCCUCGCCUUCUACCAUCUUUAACAGAGCUUCGUAUUUUUCUUUGUCCUCAGCUUACGUCUUCACUCCCAAUGAUGCCAUUUGUUACCACUGUAUGGAUCGGGAGGUGUGAGAAGAUUGCAGGAUUCAAAUCAUGGAGUAGUCUUCUACCACCCUACAAAUACGAGUCCCUUCAAAAGCUUUCGAUUUCUGGCUCCUUCAACGUACUUCCUCUAGAUUCCUUUCCCAAUAUUAGGAAUGUCGAAGUUUUUAAUUGUAGAAAUUUCGAGUCUUUGUCACUAUCAAAUAGCCUAAAGUCUCUUUCCACUCUCUCUAUCGAACAAUGUCCUAACUUCACAUUAUUGCCUAAUAGCAACCUUGAUUGUCCAAUUUUGACUCUACUCCAUCUCCUCUCUUGCAACAAAUUACAGUUUCUGCCCGAGCCACUGUCGAGCCUCCUCCCUUCUUUACAAGAACUAGUUAUCGAUGGUUGUCCAGAAUUAGAGUCACUUACUGAAUCUUGGCUGCCUUUCAGUCUGCGUGAACUCACUAUUGAAAACUGUGUUAAGGUGAUCAAGUCUCGAAAGAAUUGGAAUUUGCAAGUACUUCCCAAUCUGACAACCUUUCGUAUUGGAGACUAUAAAGGUGAAGACAUGGACUCCUUUCUAGAGCAAGAGUUGUUGCCGACUAGUCUUACCUCUCUCCAAAUUGAUGGCAUUGCUUGUCUUAAAACCUUGGACGACAAAGGGUUUCGAAAGCUCACAUCCUUGAAAGAACUACGCAUCUUUGACUGCCACAACUUGAAGACACUUCCAGUAAAAGGGCUGCCACCCUCUUUUGAAGGCUUUCUGCCACCCUCUUUCGAAAGUUUCAUCAUCUAUCGUUGCCCUUUGCUGGAAGCAAAGUAUGAGUGGGAGAAAGAAGGCUUGUUUAAGAAGAUUACUUGCAUCCCUCUGCCUCAAGCUCCAAUGGGUAGGCAAUGGCUUUUAAUAAAGCCAUCCUUGACCUUGUUUGGACCCGAAGCACUACUGUUUCGCAUAGCCUUAAGUCUUUUAUGUAUAUAUUUAUAUAUGUUGUUCAAUUUGUAACAGUAGUGUAUUACAUUAAUGCAUGAGUUAAGAGAAAAAAAAAAAAAAGCAAGCCUUUUGUGUAUUCCAUUAAUACAUAUUUCUUCAAUCUACUUUUACGUGGAUGUAUUGCUAGCCUAUCAAUGAAUAAUCAAGUCAACCCCAACUACUACAACAAUGUUCCACACAGGUAUUUGUUUUUAACUUGUUUCAUCUUGCUAAUUUCUUUUUGUAUUAUUGUUUUUUAUUAUCAUAAAUUA